AUGCAAUACGAUAACUCGACUCUUACUAUUACUUCUAUCGGCACUCCGGACCCAUUCGUAACCCUCUUUAGAGGCCGCUACUAUCUCACCUUCACCGCCGGAAAUAGGGUCGAAAUAUGGUCAUCCCGCAGCCUGGCUGACAUCGAGAGCUCUGCUGAUAGACAUGUAAUUUGGACUCCUCCUCAGGGCACCGACCACUCCGCCGAUCUUUGGGCUCCCGAGCUUCAUGCUCUGCAUGGCCGAUGGUACGUCUACUAUGCCGCCGCGAACCCGGCUCACGGGAACAAGAGCCACCGGAUGUAUGUUCUGGGAGGACCACCGGCAUCCGAGGACCCUUGUCGGGGUCAGUGGGAAUUCUUAGGUCGCAUUAACGAGAUGCCGGACCACUGGGCGAUCGACGGUACUGUAUUCGAGAUGAACGGGCAUCUGUACUUUGUAUAUUCGGGUUGGCCUCUCGAUAACCCCGAUGAUUCGUCCGAUCUUAUACAGCAGCUGUAUAUCAUGAAACUCGAGGACCCGACAAGCGCUGCCAGUCCUGCCAUCGUCAUAUCUCGCCCGCAGCAUCCCUGGGAAAUUACACGCGAAGGUAACGGUACGGACCAUGGCAUCAAUGAGGGACCGCAGUUCUUGAGCUCACCCGACGGAGGUAUCUCUUGGCAGGGUUUGGUCUACUCAUGUGCCGGCAGCUGGACCCACGAAUACAAGAUGGGACUAUUACAGUAUAUAGGGGGUGACCCAUUAGAUCCGACUUCGUGGCGGAAAGGGGAAGAGCCGCUCGUUCAGACGCGGAGACACGGUACCGGCCCCUUUGGGCCAGGCCAUGGGUCAUUUCUCAAUAUAGGUGGACAAGUUGUGGCUAUAUACCACGCAACCGAUAGUCCAACAGACGGGUGGGAGAACCGCAGAGCAAGGGCUCAGAGGGUAGCAUUUACAGACGAGGGGCCAUACAUGGGACGAUCGUUUGGUAUGGAACCUCCCCGUCCAGAGAGCGGUAGCUUGGUCCGACGCCUGAAGCAGAAGUUGGGAAUGAGCGGCCGCGGUAAGCAGGAAUUGGCUAGCGAGAAGAGUCUAAAGACCCUGCUAGGGAACAGAGCGACGUAUACUUAG